CAAGGUCUGACAAAGAGAGAGCUUAGCGAAGUCAUUCGUCUGUCAAAGUGGACAAACAUGUAGUAUGCCCACAGACGGUCUUGGAGCGCUUCAGCUCAGAAACAUGUUUUACAAUGACGAACAAACAGAACCACUACAGGACUUGUAAACUGCGAAGGACUUAGGUGAUAGGGGCAAAUUGAGUCGUUAGAGUGCUUUUUGACAUUGCUGACUCGUGAAGGAUACAGCAGCAGGCGAAUAUUCAGCCGGCAAUGGCGCUACGAGAGCUGCUUCUUCUGUCGUUGUGCGGUCUGAAUGCCGUAUACGUGUGCCAUGCUCGGACCGUUAGCAAGCUCUCUGGCACAACAUUCAGUGGCUACAAUUUGGACAUCGGACUCGGAACACCGACACAGCGGCUGCGUGUGCUGGUGGAUACGGCAAGUACUGACUUUCCCAUCGCCACAUCAGCUAACAGUGAUCCAGCUUCCAAGCUGAGUACCUACUUUGACACGUCACAAUCUUCAUCCUUCGGAAAUCAAUACACCCCCGUGAAUCGAUUCUACACGAAUACAAGUUACUGGCGUGGAACCCUGGGUCUUGCCCGCGUAUCACUGUCCACCUUGAAGCCAGUUUCAGCCUGGAUGGUAGCAGUCUAUGACUCGAAGAAUUUCUUCUUGCCAGAGUGGCAGGGAGCCCUUGGCUUAGCACCAUCGGUUUCUGGUGAUCUGGCUCAGGGAGGUCAAGUCCAUCAGUCGACGUUCAGUGCAUUCUAUGAUGUAGGCAGGGUGUUUUUUAACAAGUUCUCCUUGCAACUCUGCGGUGUCUCACAGCAAGGCAGUACUACCACUCAAGGAAACUUAGUAUGGGGUAACAACCUGAAGUCGCUGUACACUGGGCCAAUUCUGUACACUCCGUACGUACCGGCCACACUGUACGUAGUGGCUGUCAACCAUAUAGCUGUCAACGGAGUAAAGGUGACGGCCACGGCUAGCAAUGAUUCAGCAACAGUGACGACGAAUAACACCACGCUAACUGCAGUGCUGGACAGUGCUACAACCGGCCUCCGAUUUCCCGCAACUGGAUUGUAUCAACAGGUUGUGUCCAGCAUAAGAAACUCAACUAUGAUGAAUACUGACAGUGACUUCAGGAGAACCGUGGCUCUCUGCACUCAAAGUGAUGAUUUCUGGCGGGGAUCGGUUUCAUGCUGCAUCUCGAUUGGCACCAAUAGCAGUGAGCUGUUUGGGGGUUUUCCCAACAUCAGCAUUGCUAUACCACAGGCAGUGUGGUAUCUGGCCGAGCCGAAAGAAUUUUUACUUACAGUUACACCUCAGCUGUAUCUGGUCCCCACCAGAGUUUCGAGCGCUCCACGAAAAUGCUAUCGGUUCUCUAUCUCAGCAUCUGAUAAUGAUGCCCUUGUUUUCGGCACAGGACUGUUGGAAGGAUACUACGUCGUCUUUGAUCGUGAAGAGAAACGAAUUGGAUUUGCAGCCUCGGCUUGUCCCGACCUGGAUCCAGUAUUGCAGAAACCUGGUAUUCUUGGACCAUACCUAACCGAUGGUGUCACCACUGCUGUCCAUUCCUCUGUCACCACUGCUGCUGCCACAACAAGCAAGCCCGGACCAACGCCAACAACCAACACCGGGACUGUGCCAAAAUGUGCGCUAGUAUCAGCAGAGCUCUGCAAGAGAUCAUCAGGCAGUGAAUCCAAGACCUCUGGUAUUGCUAUUGGUGUGGGUGUGAGCUUUGGUGGUCUGCUGCUGCUUGCAACGUUUGCAGCUCUGCUUGUACGUAUGAAACGCAAUGCUGAUACGUAUGACCUGAUGGAUGAAACUGAAGAGAAAAACAUUGGUCCUAUCAAUGGUGGGGCGGAGAGUUUGGCUUGAUUCUUGCACUUUCAACUCCGUUUUUGCCAUGGUCAGCCUUUUUUAUUGUAAUAAAUCGCACCUUGAUAUUAAUUUUUGUGCUGUCUCGACAGAUUCUCAAGCCCUAGUUUACUCCUUUGAUUUGUUCCUUACUUGCUAAGUACAAUAAUGAUACCUUUUUCUCUAUUUACUUCACACAAUUCACAUUAAAAUUUUAUAAUUCUCUUCUCCGGCUUGCUAAUGGCUGAACUCCUUCCAGCAAGCCAGAGAAGAGAAUUCAAAUGUUUGUUGUUUCCUUUUCUCUCCGGAGAAGUUUGGAUUUUCUUCUCUGAUAGAAUUUUACGGCUUGUUUUUCAAGCCAACAAGAAGG